AUGGCAGCCGCGUGCGGCGCCGGGUGGCCGCGGCGGGUCCUGUGGAGGUUGUGGAGGAUCCGGGUCUGUCCUCCAAGUCAGGUGUCCGGCGUGGGGGGCCUGCGAGCCAGGUCCUGUUCCCACAGCGACGGCCCAUACUCGAGGACGGAGCUUUAUGAGCUGCUCGGCGUGCCCUCCACAGCCACGCAGGCGCAGAUCAAGGCGGCAUACUACCGGCAGAGCUUUCUCUACCAUCCGGACCGCAACUCGGGGAGCCCCGAGGCUGCUGAACGCUUCACACGCAUCUCCCAGGCCUACCUCGUGCUGGGCAGUGCCACGCUCCGUCGUAAAUAUGACCGCGGGCUGCUCAGCGACCAGGACCUGCGCGGCCCCGGGGUCCGACCCUCUAAGACGCACGCCGCCGACCCCAGCCCGCCCCGGCCCUCGCCGUCCGCCGCACGGGCCCCCCACGAAAGUCGGGGAGCCCCCGGCGGCGCCCACCGUACCAUGUUCAACUUCGACGCCUUCUACCAGGCUCACUACGGUGAGCAGCUGGAGCGGGAACGGCGCCUGAGGGCCCGGCGGGAGGCCUUGCGCAAACAGCAGGAGGACCGGGCCACCAAGGGCUUCAAAUGGGACGAGGUCCGGGACACCACUUUCAUCUUCCUCUUCCUCUUCGCCUUCAUCGCUGUCGGCUUUCGGAUGUGAUCGGAGAGGAAAGGCGGGAAGAGUGGACCCCAGCUCUGUCAGUGCCAGGACAACAGCGCCCUUUGACCUUUGUAGUCUACCUCUACUGGGAUCCCCAGAACUGAACUCCCCCACCUGCCCAGCUACAUCCCUCCCCGAGGGUCCAGCAGAGGGACUUUUGUGUGCCCAAGUGAAGUAUUGGUCCCGGUGCCUUGAGCAGCACUAGUAGCACUUUCUGUAUCAAUGUCUGGAAUAUUUGCUCUCUUGUCUUUAUUGUAAGCCCCUCUGUGUGAGGGGAUGUGGGGGACAGGGGCUCUCUGUACCCUUAAAACGUGCAAUAUUGCCCCCGUAUUGGCUGCCAAAAGAGACAUGCUGGGAUUCUA